AUUAAAUACGGAGAUACGGCUACCUCAGAGGGCGUUUUAUUCGCCACAUACUCGGCACUGAUUGGAGAGAGCCAGGCCGGCGGCCAGCACCGCACCAGACUCAAACAGAUCCUGGACUGGUGCAAACCCAACUUUGACGGAGUCAUUGUGUUUGACGAGUGCCAUAAGGCUAAAAAUGCGACCUCCACUAAGAUGGGUAAAGCUGUUCUGGACUUGCAAAGCAAACUGCCCCGGGCGAGAGUGGUGUAUGCUAGUGCCACAG